GAGGAGAAGAGAGGAGAGGAGAGGAAAGCAUGUGUUUACUUGAACUGAACAGGAAUAUAACGUAUAUCUAGAAGAUGGACCUGGAAGGGGGUUACUGGCGGACAAGCUGCGUUGCCUCUGCUUUAUCAGCCAGUGGCUGCACUCGACUGAUCUCUGGACCCUCAGAUUGAGCAACACGAGAAGAGACAGGCAGCUGAAACAAAGGCAGGAUAGAGGAAAGACGUGUAUCAAGGAAAGUCAAAGUAAGACACAAAAGAAGGAGCCCGACAGGCUUGCAGUUGAAACGCUGUGACAGGGGAGAACAGCAGUUGUAAUCUAGAAUUAAACAUUGACUGAGGCUCUAUGAGGUGCAAUGGCUGAGAGAACUUGUUAUUAAGGGUUUUGGGGGAGAGUAUGGGAGAUUUGAGAGGACGAGGGGCGGGGGGGUCAGAGGCAGGAGUCUGGUUGGGAGUAAUUUUGGUGACAGCCAGUGCAAGGGGACAAGGACUCAUGUGAGACAGAGGAAUUAAAAUUUAGAGACAAAGAGAAGGAACUCGCAGACCCCAAACUGGAGUUCAGAAUGGGUAUUAAGAGCAAGGCUGCUGUAGCUAUAGUAGUCCUGCUGCUGUUCCUCGGCUCCCUGUGGCUCCAGGGAGGUUUGGAUUACCACUGGGAUGCCUGUUUAAAAGUUUAUAAUCAGGAGAAUAAGCUUCACCAGCUGUACAACAGCAGUGGGGUUGAUAGAGCUGAGGACCCGCAGGUCCUGGAGGCGUGCCCUGGUCAGACCUUCCAGGUGUCACUGCUGCUCUCCCACCUGCUCGCUGCACCAGCCUACACUUCUGAUGUGCUGCUGCAGCCGUAUCUGUCCAGCUGGGAUGAACUCGUGAGAUUUAUGGAAGCUCUGGGCCCGAUGGUGGGACUGAUAUCUAAAGAGAUAGAAACCAAGACUUCUAUAAUCCGCCAACUGGCUCUGUUGGCAGAAAAAAAUCCUGAAGCAGAACUGGGCCCAGAGGUACACUCAAUAGACAAUGUGAGCACACAGGCUGGGACUGAGAACAAUGUGGAGGUCUCGCAGCACACCGGUGCUUACCACUCAGUACGUUCCAUGAUCCAGGUGGAGCUGAGCCGCGGAGUGGUGGACUUCCACCACCAGACGGACUCUGGAUGCCGCACACUGCUGCGUCUGCAUCGUGCUCUGCUUUGGCUGAAGCUCUUCCUGGAGAAGUUGGCUGAGACCCCAGUGGCUGGCCGGCUCAGGAGCCCCUCGGAGCUGUGUCGGGAGGCCUACCAGAGCACCCUCGCAAUCCACCACACCUGGUUCGUCCGAAGGGCCGCAGAGCUGGCCUUCAUUGCCAUGCCAGAGCGGGCUUUCUUCUUCAGGCUGGUGUGUGUGCAGAACCAGGAGGAGCUGAGCAUAGUGCUGAACAAAGUGGUUAAGGCUAUUGAGGAGAUUUAUAACAGGACACAGAGAGCCCUCGAGGAAAAUGGUAUGCUGGACUUGCCAUAGAAAAGAAGACAAUCAGAUUGGACAUGCAGCCUCUACUGUUUUACCCUGUUUUGUACUGUCCUCGUGAUAUUCUGGCAUGAUACCACCAAAAUGUUGAGGUACAAACAAAAUGUAAACUCAAGGAAACAUGAGUGGACGUGAUUUCAGGGUUGACCUGUGCCAUAGUUUUGCUCCCGACCAAAGUGCUGUGUCAACAAUCAACUAAUAUAGAAAGUCAGUUUGCUUUCAAGCUGUGGGCAUUGCUGUUCAAGUUUUAUGAGCUCAUGCCCUGACUUGUCAUCACCUUAGAAGCAUUUAUAAGGCAGCUGAUAAUGCAUUUAGGCUGACUGAACACAGACUGUGAAUUAUUUAAACUGGUGGACACAAUAACAUGAACACCAAACAUCUAAAGUAAUCCAUUACAACAACAACCCUGCAGUGAACACAGUAUUAGUGAUGCAUAUAAUGUCCUUGACACUGUAGAGUGUUUAUUUUGUAAUGGAUUGCAUCAGAUUGCUCAGUUCGUGUUUUUGUGCCAAAAACGUGUGAUUGUUAUAAUUUUUUUACACUCAAAAUUCUAUUGAAAAUUUUAUUUGCAGUUAGUGUUUCAUGAUGUAGUGUGCUACCUCAAAACUGUCUGGGUGCAGACACAUUGUAUGCCUUGUUCUGAAAUCUGAGCUGGACCAAACUAUCCAAACUGAAGAGGUAUUUCACAAAAAAAAAAGAAAAGAAAUCAAUCAUGUGCUUAACAAAGGACAAAAUGGUCCGUCACAGUAACAGCAGUGUGGAGUAAUAGUUUCUCAAUUUUACACUGAAAGUUUUUGUAUCUUGUUCAGAAUGAUUAAAUAUCAGUAUUGAAAAAAAA